UGUACUCAUAAAUAAACAGAACAGAAACAGAUUAACAAAAAAACAUCAAAUCGUUUAAUCUAGAAAUUUAUUACAUUUUUCAUUAUAUAAAAAAUAAAUGGAAUAAAAACUUAAUUUCAAAAAAUUCUAUAUUGUUUUAAAUUUGCAAUUAUGUCCACUAAAUUUGAUGGUUUCAGCCAAGAGGAAAUUAAUAAAAUUAAUGGAAAACCUAAAAAAGGAGGAUUAUUUGCAGCAAAAUCUUUAGGUGUUGGCCGAGGAAUAAGAAGAGUUCCAGAUAAAAUGAUUACAUCAACUUCCUCACAGAACCAAAAUCAAAUUGUUAAUCAAAAAAAUAGUAAAAAUAAUGAAAAUGGUGUAAAGAUGAAAUUAUCAUCAGUUCAAAUCUCCGGAACUAGUGCAAUUGAUUAUGAUAAAAAAAUAUCGGACGAAAGUAUAACUAAACUUCAAGAAGCAGCACAUUUUCGACCUUUAUCUAUGAAAACAGAAAAAAUUGUAGAAACAAAAAAAAAUACCGAUCUUCAAAGUGAAGCUGAAAGUACUGAAAAUGACUCUAUUAUUCAUCUGAGCCAACAUGAAAAUAAAAAUUUGUCAAUCAAUGAUUCAGAUUACAUUCAUUCUGUUACGCAAAAAGAAACAAAAUUACCACAAAUGUCUCCAUUUCGUGGAGUUUCUUUAAAAGAUUUUGAAGCCCAUAGAAAAUUUCGAGAAGAGCAAAACAAAAUCAAGAAAGAUAUACUAUACAAAGCUAUUGAAAAACAUUCUCAAAAAACUGCUGCAGAAGCCAAAAAAAUUGAAGAAAUAAAAAAUGAAUUAGCUAAACUAGAUCAAGAUUUAGCGGCUGACGUAGCAAUUUUAAGAAAACAAAUUGAAACUGCAUGCAUUAAUUAUGCCAAUAUUGAAAAACAUUAUAAUAAGGUAGAACAAAUGUUUCUUAAAGCCAAAUUAGAUUUGCAUAACGCAUCAGAAAAAAAGGAAUUAUUAACAGAGCAUUUAUGUACGGUUAUAACACACAAUGAAGAUCGUAAAGCGAAGAAACUUACAGAAUUAAUGGAAAAAGUAGGGUUAUCACCUUCAUCUGAUGAUCUACAGUUAAAUGAAAAUGAUCAUACGAAUUAUUCAGAUCAUAUUAGUUCAAAAAAUGAAAAGGAAGUCGUUGACAAAUAAUAUUAUGAUGCAAAAAUUUAUGUAUGUACAUUUAUAACUAAGAAAAACGUAACCGAGCUCUCAACUAACUAUGUAAGUAUAUGGAAUUUUGUAAGUUUGCACUUUAUUUAACAAAAAUUUAGUGUAUCAAUUGUCAAAAUUAAAAAAAUAAUGUAGGAAUAUAAUUAAUAUCAAUUAUAAUUUUAAUAGUUUUGAUUUAAUUUUCUUUAUUAUAAUAAUAAUAAAUCGUUUUAACGCAUUGUACUAUAAAAGUUCCACUAU